GAUUGUUAUCUACAGAGAGAAAGAGAUCCACCCCUGGGUGUAGCUGGCUUCACCGAAGAAUAGAAGUUAAUAGCUGCUCCCAACAAUGGCCUCCACUCUCUAUUUGUCACCCAGUGGCUGAAUAUAAAAGAGGUCUCAGAGCAAAGUGCCAAGCAGAUGAAUGCUUCUGACUGCUUGAUACCUUGGGGUCUUCUACAAGAAACCAUUGCUUGAUUCAGCAUCAUGAGCAUUUCUCACCUAAGCAACAGAGCUGAGAGCCAUUUCCAGGCACAAGAAGAACAUGAACUGGAAACUCUAGGGAAGAAAGCAUGGGACAACCCAGUUUACAACGGAUCCCCUUCCUCCUCCUCCCUGAAAAUCAGAGCGAUCUACAACCCAAAAUCCAUUUUGGAAAAUCCCUAUGAGAAUAUUGAAAAAUUGACUGGCUCUCUAUCCUACCCGCAGGAUAGAAAGACCACAGAGGAAGCUAGGAAGAAGGAAACCCCCUUUCCAGGAUGCUGCUACUAUGUCUUCAAAGGCAUCCGAGGGCUUUGGGGCACAACCUUGACUGAAAAUACCAGUGAGAACCGAGAGCUUUAUGUAAAGACUACACUGCGUGAACUUCUGGUCUAUAUUGUAUUCUUAGUGGACAUCUGUUUGUUGACCUAUGGGAUGACGAGUUCAAAUGCCUACUACUAUACCAAGGUGAUGUCUGAACUCUUUCUGCAGACUCCUUCAGAAAGUGGUGUCUCCUUCCAGACCAUUGGAAGUAUGGCUGACUUUUGGCGAUAUACACAAGGACCUUUUCUGGAUAGUUUGUAUUGGACUAAAUGGUAUAACAAUCAAUCUUUGGGUCACAAUGCACAAUCAUAUAUCUAUUAUGAGAACUUACUGCUUGGUGUCCCACGGCUACGCCAACUCAAGGUCCAGAACAACUCAUGUGUGGUGCAUGAUGAUUUUAAAGAAGAUAUUGCUGGUUGUUAUGAUGUAUAUAGUGAGGAGAAAGAGAACACAUCACCCUUUGGACUCUUGAAUGGGACAGCGUGGCAAUAUUACACAGAGCAAGAACUUGAUGGCUCUUCCCAUUGGGGCAGAUUAACAAGUUACAGUGGAGGAGGCUAUUAUGUAGACCUCAAAAUAACCCGGGAAGAAAGUGCCGAAACUCUGCAAGAGUUGAAACAAAAUCUAUGGCUGGAUCGAGGAACUCGUGUUGUUUUUAUGGACUUCUCCGUGUAUAAUGCCAACAUCAACCUGUUCUGUGUGCUCAGGUUGGUAGUGGAAUUCCCUGCCACUGGGGGUGCCAUUCCCUCAUGGCAGAUCCGGACCGUGAAACUCCUCCGGUAUGUCAGCACUUGGGAUUUCUUCAUUGUCUCUUGUGAAAUUGUCUUCUGCAUCUUUAUCUUCUAUUAUAUUGUGGAAGAAAUCUUGGAACUGCACAUUCACAGGCUUCAGUACUUCACCAGCAUCUGGAACAUUUUGGAUAUUGUGGUCAUUUUGCUUUCUAUUUUAGCCAUUGGAUUCCACAUUUUUCGUACCAUUGAAGUCAACAGGUUGAUGGGGCAGCUGCUAAGAAAUCCUAACAUCUACGCGGAUUUUGAAUUCCUGGCUUUUUGGCAAACCCAGUACAACAACAUGAAUGCUGUGAACUUGUUCUUUGCCUGGAUCAAGAUAUUCAAAUAUAUUAGCUUUAACAAAACAAUGACCCAGCUGUCCUCCACUCUUGCUCGAUGUGCCAAGGACAUCCUGGGUUUUGCCAUCAUGUUCUUCAUUGUCUUUUUUGCCUAUGCUCAACUGGGCUAUCUCCUUUUUGGAACCCAAGUAGAAAACUUCAGCACCUUUGUUAAAUGCAUCUUCACACAAUUUCGCAUCAUUCUUGGUGAUUUUGACUAUAAUGCUAUCGACAAUGCCAACAGAAUCUUGGGACCCAUCUAUUUCGUCACUUAUGUCUUCUUUGUCUUCUUUGUCCUGUUGAACAUGUUUCUGGCUAUCAUAAAUGACACCUACUCAGAAGUAAAAGAGGAACUUUCAAACCAGAAGAAUGAACUGCAGCUAUCAGACAUCCUGAAACAGGGCUAUAAUCGGACACUGAUGAAGAUGAAGCUGAAAAAAGACCGAAUUUCUGAUGUGCAGAAAGCUUUGCAGAAAGGAACCAAAGAGCUGGAAUAUGAAGACUUUAAGAACAGUUUGAGAGAGCUGGGUCAUGCAGAACAUGAAAUCACAGAAGCCUUUGCAAAAUUUGAUAAAGAUGGUAACCAGAUCCUUGAUGAGGAAGAGCAAAAGAGAAUGCGGAAUGAUCUGGAGGAGAAGAAAGUUGCUCUGAAUGAAGAAAUCGAAAAUUUGGGGAAAUCCUUCAGGGACAAUACUUUAGACAAUACUCUUGGUUUUGCAGAGGCAAAGAAUAAUCAAGCAAACAAAACCAGCAGAAUUUCUGAGGAAGAAUUCCAAAUACUCCUGCGGCGAGUACUAAAGUUGGAGAAUUCUGUUGGUGGCAUCAUAUCCAAGACAGAAGCCUUGGUAAUUAAAUUGGAAGACCUUGAAAGGAGCAAAAUGAAGAAAAAAGACUCGGUACCUGAGGGAGAACAGCUGAUUCAAGAAAAUCUGGCUCCACAGACGGCUGACCGUGUUUUUGCAGAAGAGAGUGGAUUGGAAGCAGCCCAUGUGCAGGAGAAUUAUAUCAGUGUGAAUUCUCUGAAUAGGAGUCAGGGGGUCUACCCCCUUCUGUCCAGAUUAGACCUGUUAAACUCUCAAACUCCCAAGACCAUCCAGUUCAAAUCUAACAGGAACUUCUAGCUUAUUCCUAAAUAGAUGUGGCAUUAAUUAUUCUUGCUUUUUCACUAUACUUAGACUAGUAAAGCAUUUAGUCAUGUCUUCAUCCUGCCUGUAAGAAAAGGAGCUUUUGGGGUAGGGACCCCAUUUAUGUCAGAACUGAGUGGGCAAGCAGUUCUUUUAACCUCUUUCUAAACUCUACUAGUCUAUAGUUGGGUGAUUGAUGCAGAAGGGACAAAAUAUGAGGGCCUUGGCAGAUUUAUCUACGGUAUUUGGCCGUAUAUGACCAAAUGAAAUUAAAAAGGAAACAUUCUCUGGGUUUUAAAAUGUGGGUUCAAUUGGUUUUAAAUCACCAACUGGAUUCAAAUUUUGCACUAGAUUUUAAAACUUUUACAGUAAUCUCUGUAUUUGGCAUUGUCAGAAUUUGCAGAAGGAAUUUUUCUGCACAGGUUUGUAGGAAAACCAAGUCCAUAUUAGAAAUUGUAAUUAGUCGGUAUAUUAUUGUUACAACAAUAGAGCAAAGAUUCAAAUAUUCAAGUGAUAAUUCUGAAAGCUGGCUAAAGAUCUGUAUAAUGAUUAGCAUAUUAAAUGGUCUGAUUUAAAUAUAAUUUUCUGAUAAUGUAGUCACAGUAGAUUAUGAUCAUGGUAAAAUGUCAACAUUCCUAUAAUAAAUAUGAGGAUUUAUAUGUAUCAUAGACACUAAAAAUUAAAAAAAAUCAGUCAGUAGAUAAGGAUAAUAUGUACAACCAUUAACAAAAUAUGUUGCCUUCUGAGGCUCCUGCCAGAUAUUCAGAUGACAAAGUACAUGCAACUAUUAUUUUCACACACGCACACAGGAUUGCAAUCCACUGCCUUAGAUGCAUCCUUGACUAUUAAAUGUCUUCUCCUUGUCCAGUUAUCUUACAAAUGUCCUGAAAUAGAAGUGCAAGUAUUUUUUAAUGUUCAGGCAAUGCAUCUAUCCACUAUAUGCUAAGCAUUGCUAAUCUUUAACCUGCCAAGAGUUCAGAAGCAAAGUGAGGCUAGACUAAGUUAAUACUUGGUUAACCUGGAAUUCUAGAGUGUGGGCUAGACUAGGAAAUUGAAAAAGCACCCAAGAAAAAACACUUUCAUGCAUUGUAUAGAUUUGCUAUUUGUCCUGACCCAGUGAAGCCCCAUUUAGUCCUGCUUGGAUAGAUCCUUUGUCAUUUAUGUAAACUGAUAUGACAAACCCAAAGGCAUUUAGUAAAGAAACUAGAUUCAAUAAUGCCACAUUAUUCCAUCUCUGCUAUACUGUAGUUGUUCUUGUGAUGCAUCAAGACAAUCUCCUCAAGCCAGCGAAGCAGUAAUUCCUAAAAACCUUUUCCUGUGUGACUCUUGUUGGUUGAUACAGUCAUCUGCAUUUUCAUUGUGACUUCUUGCAUUACUGCAGCAAUAUUGUGCUUCUACUGAUUAUGUAUCAUGCAACUUGAAAAAAUGGCAACAUUUUUCAGGGAAGAACGUUGUUUUGUACUUUUUCUCCUCACACAAAGAAAGCUCAAAAGAUUAUGGAGCCUCUAGGUGUUAAUAAAGGUCACUAUUUUGGCGGGAAGAUGAAUGCACUAUGGUUUUCAGACAAACACUCGUCCAUCACUUCCAUCUCCUUGUGUGAGAAACUUUCUUGUUCAUAGACAGUGAGAGAGACAGCUACUUCAGAAUAGGUUUACCGUACAUACAGUACUUUUUGCUUUAUUAAAUAAAUAAGGUGACAAU